AUGAACGCAACGAAAAGAUUUAGUACUGUAUUUUUUAUAAUCACCUUGUGGACUGUAUGCACUGGUUCACGUCUAAUGCAUGACACGAAUGGUUAUAGUAAUGCAUUUGAUUGUUUGCACAUUGUGACACUUAGAACUGGACGCUAUGGAGCGAUUAAUGAUAUACUUAGCCCUCAAGCCAAAUUUGAAAUAGUACGAUUUUGUCGUCGAUCGGUUGAGGAUCUGUCCAUUCCUAAUAAAACGACGAUGAAUGGUCAACAACUGACAUUCAAUCAAUUACGUGAAAUGAACAUUUCGAGUGAUCAACUACUUGACUGGUUUGCCCCAAUGGAUAUAGUUGAAGAAUAUGCAGCAGGUAAAGUAACAGGUCUGUUUUUCAAUUGUUCCGAUCUUUGGUUUGGAGCGCAAUGUGAAUAUACAUUCGAUUCAGACAAGAUCUUAGCGAAUCUUAUACAAGAACAAGAGCAACAGAGGAGAAAAUAUUCAACUACUGAUAUUUUAUCUAUGACGAAUGGCACAUGCUAUGUUAUGGAUUAUGAAGAAUGUAAUUCCAUCAUUUGUCUAGAUUGGCGUGAGAUAUGCGAUGGUAAAAUUAAUUGUAGUAAUGGCCUGGAUGAGUACUAUUGCCUUGAGCUUGAAAGACAUGAAUGCGAUCCACAAACAGAAUAUCGUUGUUCCAAUUCACAGUGCAUUGAUAAGACACUCUAUGGAGAUUAUUUUCAUGAUUGUAUGGAUGAAUCGGAUGAAAACGUAUUUAAUAAUAAAAUAUGCCAAUUACUAGGUUUUCUAAUGGCUUGUGAAAAUUACGCAUGUAGUUCGUUACUGUUUUCAUGUGGCGACGGCCAUUGUUACGAUGGACCAAACCUUCAAUAUAGUGAUGGAUGUAUCACUCAACGAGAUCGUCUUUAUUUUUCCCGAAUGCCACCGUCAACACUUAUAUUAUAUUCACACAUAUAUUUGAUCUAUCGCAAUACAACACCAGACAUGAUUUGUUUUAAUCAGACACUCUGUCCCUAUCUGGUCAUCGAAAACAAGACUCAGAACGCUUUAACGUGUCGAUCAUUCGAGACAUUUACGACGAGAACUUAUGUUACGUUUGAUGAAAUGUUACGAGAUGUUAAACGAUUCGUACGUUCAUGUUCAUUACUACCAUUAAAUCAUGAGAUGAAUCAAUGUUCACUAUUUCAAUGCGAUGAUCACAGCAAAUGUUUAUCCUAUCAUCGAUUAUUGGACGGUGUUGCAGAUUGUGCUAAUGAAGAGGACGAACAUCAUCCGAAUACGUGUGCACUCGAACUUCCGUAUCGAUUUGAAUGUGAUAAUGGAACAAAAUGUUUGUCACGAUCACUUGUUUUUGAUAGCGUUCCACACUGCUUCGACAAGAGCGAUGAACAUAUUCGACAUUGGUAUGCAUGUUUUGAUCCUUUGACGGACCAGUGCUUGACCUACCAAGGAAAAACAGCUCGCUUUGAUUUCACAUUUUCUGAAAUCUGCAAUGGUAUUGUCGAACGAAUUUCAAACAUUUCGAAUGAUACAGAUGAAUCACAUUGUCUCAAAACCGAAUGGCCUUGUUCGACGCACUAUACAGAUUGCAAUUGGAUGUGGAAUUGUCCAGACGGAAGCGAUGAAUUGAAGACGUGUUCACAAUCGAGUCUCAGUGCUCUGCAUUGUAAUAGUACCAAGCAUUUCUGUUUGAAUGUAGAUACAGGUCAUCCGAGAUGUCUGCCGAAAACACGGGCAAAUGAUGGCAUCGUCGAUUGCGUCGGGUCGAUUGACGAACCAGAAUUCUGUCGCAUGAAAUAUCCCGGUAAAUCGAUUCGUCAAUUUCGAUGCAACAAUUCGGACAUUUGUAUUCACCGGUAUCAAAUAUGUGAUUGCCAUCAAGAUUGUCCGGACAAUGACGAUGAAACAACAGCAUGUGUAUGGCUCAACAAUGGUCGAAAAAGUUUCUGCCACCCUCGCCAAUUUCGCUGUCGUAACGGUCGAUAUUUGGCUACCAAAUUUUGUAACCCUAUUCACAUGUGUUCCGAAGGUGAAGACAAUCUCUUUUGUGAGGUUGAUAACCUUGAACGAGAGCAAAUGUUUGAGAUCAGUAGAUUUCCAGAUUAUUCGAAUCGAGCAUUGACCGCAAGCACCCUCUGGCAAUGCAAUUCUGGUCUGUAUGUUCGCUCGACAAUUGAUCCACCUGGAUUUUUCUGUCUCUGUCCAAACUAUUAUUACGGUGAUCGUUGUCAAUUCCAACGAAAACGCGUCACUCUCAUCCUCCAACUUCGCAUAGGCAAUCUCGUCGAUAAUCAUAUGCCGAUACUCAAAUUCGUGGUUUUAUUAGUGCGUGAUCAUCUGACACUUUCGAUUGUUUCUCACGAAGAAUUUAUUUAUACGCCACAACAACAUUGUUCACCACGGUAUAUGCUCGAAUUACUCUACCCAAUCGAUGAUUUGCCCUUAGUGUUCUUUAAUCAUACUAUACACAUCCAUGCAUUCACUGCCGAUACGCUUCGGCAUGUUAGCUUGUGGAGUUUUCCCGUUUUCUUUGAAUUCUUACCUGUUCGUCGACUAGCAAAGGAACUUGUGGUCAUGAAUAUGUCGACGACAUCGUCAACAACAACAACAACGAUCACUUAUUCGAAUUGCACGUCGUGUUCAAAUGAUUCUUUAUGUCUUGGAUAUGAUCGUGACCUUCAGCGAGACAUUUGUGUAUGUCCUCUCGAUCGUACUGGCCGUCGAUGUUUGAUUGUUUUCAAUCCAUGUGCGAAGACGAAUUGCAGCGGACAUGGUAGAUGUGUUCCACUUGAUGUACGUUAUGAUAUAAGGAAAAAAUUCAUGUGUUUGUGUGAUGAAGAAUGGUUUGGUGAAGGAUGUGAAAAAGUCAAGCCACGUAUUUCAAUUUCUUUUGCCCCGGAAAUAAGUAUUCCAUUGUCGAAUAUUGUUUUUAUUCAUGUGAUGGAAACAGUCCUAGUCAAUGAGCCUCGGGUUUUCACAUAUUUUCGUCGAAUCCAUCGUGAAAUGUUCAAUCUGACGUUCUAUUUCGAUCACCGACGCAAUAUGGCUAAUCUGGUUUUCAUUCAAUUGUACGAACAUCAAGAUCGAUUUGACUUGUAUCUUUUACUACUACGUGGAGAGUAUUCUUCAUCUCUAACUGAACUCCACACCGUAGUUCACCCUUCUCGCCGAUGCCGCCCGAUUCACGAACUAUUCAAUCAAACUGUACUCAACCAGCCACCAUUACGUCGUGUAAAAAACUAUCAACGCCAAUGCCUCAACCAGCAAGCCAUAUGUUUCUACGAUGAGACACUCAUGUGUUUGUGCGAUCGAACGAAUCAUGCGAAUUGUUUUCAUUUUCACAGUACACCUCGAAAAUGUUCGUGGAACAAAUGUCACAGUCACCACAUGUGUGUACAAGAUGACGAGACCUGUCCAACCAGUGCAGUAUGUAUCUGCAAACAGUGUAGCUAUGGAUCGACUUGCCAAUUCUCCCGAGCAACUUAUAGUCUAUCGCUUGAUGCAAUUAUUGGAUCACAUAUUCGUUCGAGUGCAACGAAUAUUUUUCAACAGACUGCAGUAUGUCAAAUGGCUGUUCUCAUUCUUGGAACACUAAUCCUGUUGGGAUUGAGUUUUAAUGCAUUAGCUUUCGGUACAUUCAUGAGAAAGACGACACACGAAUCAGGAUGUGGACUGUACUUGCUUGUCGCCUCUAUUCUUGGCCUAUUGGCAAUGGUAGCACUCAUAUGCAAAAUAGUCAUUGUUUUUAAUCCAAAGCAAACUAAUAUUGGUUGUUCACUAAUGGAAUUUCUGCUGAAAUGGUCACCAACGAGUUGCGAAUGGCUCUAUGCAUGCGUGGCUACCGAUCGAGCAUAUACCGUCAUAUAUCCAAUUAAAUAUUCACGUUCAGCAAGUCAGCGCUUUGCUCGACGAUGUAUUGCAUGCAUUCUCAUUUUUCUUGCAAUCGUUUCUUGUCCGGAAUUGAUCUUUCGUCGUAUUGUUAUCGAUUCAUACGAUGAACGAGCUUGGUGUGUACUCACAUUAAAUGUCGAUCGACCAGUAAUGCUGAUCUUAUACUCAAUUACAAAUGUUCUCCUAUUCUUAUUGCCAUUACUAAUCAAUUUUAUCACUAGUAUUAUUAUCAUUUUCAAAACUACAACCUUCAAAAAUCAACAAUACUUGGACAACAAAAACGCCUGCUCUACUCACAGUCACAGUGCAAGACUACGAAUGAGAGUAGAGAUGUUGAGAAAGUCAAUUGAUAAACACAAGCACAUUCUCAUAGCACCUAUUGUACUCGGCUGUCUUGGUAUUCCUCGUCUGGCAUUAAGUUUUAUCUUUGUCUGCAAAAAACUUGAUCGACAACCAUACAUCAGUCUAGUUGCCUAUUCCAUCGCCUUUUUACCGUGCAUGGCCAUCGUUUUUGUUUUCAUUCUGCCAUCGAAUCUUUUUCGAAUAGCAAUGACUGAUUUUAUGAGAAGUAUUGUAUCGCAACGAAUCCAGACAUUACUUACUGCUCACUAA